CCAAACCCUUCAACCAUCGAAACCCACGCCGUUCGCAUUGUCCGUUAUUUUUAUCGUUUUUUCGCUUCUAGGGUUUCAGAUUCGAUCCCGAUUCCGAUAUGAGUUCGCCGACUUCUAAGGGCGGCAGAGGCAAGCCCAAGGCAUCCAAGUCCGUCUCCCGAUCUUCCAAGGCCGGCCUCCAGUUCCCCGUCGGCCGUAUCGCUCGGUUUCUUAAGUCCGGCAAGUACGCCGAGCGUGUCGGCGCCGGUGCCCCCGUAUACCUCUCCGCCGUCCUCGAGUAUCUCGCUGCUGAGGUGCUUGAGCUCGCCGGAAACGCAGCCAGAGACAACAAGAAGAACCGAAUUGUGCCGAGGCACAUUCAGCUGGCUGUUCGAAACGACGAGGAGCUGAGCAAGCUUUUGGGAUCUGUUACGAUCGCAAACGGUGGCGUCUUGCCGAACAUUCAUCAGAAUCUGCUGCCGAGCAAGGCUGGGAAGGGGAAAGGUGACAUCGGAUCUGCCUCACAAGAAUUUUAGGGUUGUAUUGUAAUAGUCUGGAUUUUAAUGGGUUGUAAAAUUUUGGGAAAUUCCAGGCUUAAUACAAAAUUAUUAUGAUCUUGUUUGGUAUC